GAGGAGAGUGUGACAGAGAGAGGAGCCUGUGUCUCAGUGCAUCAGAGAGAGAGAGGGGGAGAGAGAGAGAGAGAGGCUGUUUUUGAAUGUGCGUCUUCAGAGAGGUAGAGUGUGAGCGAGAGACGCUGUUGAAUGUGAGGCUGGGGAAUCGAACCACUUCCAUGAAAUCCGUGUGACUGAAACACAGUGUGCUCUGUGUGCAAGGGGAGGGAGAGGGGGAGAGAGGGAGAGAGGCGAGAGAGGAGAGGAGAGGAAAGGAGCAGAGGAGGGCAGAGAAUGAGGCGCAGACAAUCAGCUUCUCUUAGGGACACAGAAGACGGAGGCAGGCAUCCAGGGGAAGUGGGAUCGGCAGACAUUUCCGUGCCGCCAUUCAUCUCGAUUCGACUAAUAAUCAGACGCUUCAGUUAGAUAUCAGAGCCGCCCGUUUUCAAGCUUCCAUCAAUGUCCCUUAGCCGCUUCAAAAGGAGGCACAUCUGAGCAAUUAGGACUCGAAACAGGUUAUUAGGUUUCAAGGAUCAGCAGCAGUAACUCAGAGCGCCGUCUGCUGUGAAAAGGGAUUCUGUUAGCGCCGGACUUUGCCCCUAGUGGUGGGACGAUGACAUCGCACGGCAAGCUGAGGAAGGAGAGGGGCAGUCUGGCUGAGUAUGAGACUCAGAUCAAAGAGGUGCGCAGCCAGCUGUCCGAGCAGCUGAAGGUCCUGGACGCACAGGUGGAACAGAAGACGCAGCUGCUGCAGGACCUGAGUGACUAUCUGCGCAGGCGUGGCGAGAUCGAGGGGGAGUAUGCGCGUUCGCUGGAGAAGCUGACCGAGAGGUUCACCGCCAAGAUCAAGAGGAAGGAGCAGAACGAGCAGUCCGUGGGCCAGUGCUGGUCUGUGCUCCUGACCCAGACCCGGCAGGAAAGCAAAGACCAUGGCGCCAUGGGCGAGUACUACAGCAACACCCUGACCCUGCGGCUCACGCACUGCGUGGAGGACACCCAGCGGCUCGCCAAGCGGAGUAAAGAAGUUGGUCUUCAGGUGCAGGACGAGCUCCUGAAGGUCACCAAUGAGCUGCAGACGAAUUUGAAGACCUACCAUCAGUACCAUACAGACUGCCUUGCAGCAGAGGGAAAGCUUAAAGAGGUCGGCAAAUCAGCUGACCUAGGACCGGGCCAAUCAGGGGGCCAGAGGAGAAGCUCUGUGAAAAAAAUGGAAAGACUACUGGAAAAGAGACAAGGGAAGGUGCAGGAGACACAACUGAAAUGCACCAAAGCCCGCAAUGACUACCUUCUCAACCUGUCUGCCGCCAACGCCUCCAUGAACAAAUAUUAUCUGGAGGACAUCUGUACCAUUAUCGACUGCACUGACCUGGGCUACCACCUCUCGCUGUCUCGGGUGUUGCGUGGCUUCCUGACCAGCCGGUACAGAGCCCAGCAGAACCUGAAGACGGGGCUUCAGCAAUUGGACGCGGCGAUGACGGCCCUGAACCAGGCCCAGGACAGGGAUGCCCUCCUGCAGGCUCACAACACCACCUUCUGCCUGCCCUUCCGCUUCCAGUUCCAGCCACACGAGGGGGACCCGGUGUGCGAGGUGAGUGCAGACUGCCAAGUUCGCUACGAGCUGGAUACCCGAUUUCAGCAGCUACAGUCCAGGCUCACGUCCAUCACCCUGGAGACCGAAGAGGUUAGCAAAACCCUGCGGGCGACGCAGACCUCGCUUCUAGACAGCAUCUGCGACGACGACUGCAACCUUUCACUUGACCCUUCAGCCUCCCAGCCACAAGAAGUCGCCGGUGAUGGACCUGGGACCAAACUCAGUUUGGCCAAGCGCCGGGCCAAUCAGCAGGAGACUGAGAUCUUCUAUUUUUCAAAAGUAAAAGACUAUCUCAGUGGCAGCUCCCUGAUGUCCAAACUUCAGGCCAAACACGACUUGCUUAAGGAAGCCACUCAGAAAGCUGAAGCAAUCGACAGCGACCCCUCCAGAGGGCACUCCAGUAGGUCAGUGCGUGCGCGGAAGGCUCGACCCUGCUCCCAGUACAACCACAAACUCUUCACGGGAGACAUACUGUCCUUCAUUCAGAGCACGGGACAGCAGAUCCCCCUGGUGGUGGAAAGCUGCAUCCGAUUCAUCAACCUUCACGGUCUGCACCAUGAGGGAAUCUUCCGGGUGCCCGGCUCUCAGAGCGAGGUGAACCAUAUCAGGGACGCCUUUGAGCGAGGGGAAGACCCCCUGACGGACGGCGAGUGCGACAUCGACUCUGUGGCCGGCGUGCUGAAGCUUUACUUCCGCGGCCUGGAGAAGCCGCUUUUCCCGGAGGAGAGCUUCAGCCAGCUCAUGGACUGCGUCCCAAUCGAGAACGUCAUGGAGCGGGUGGCCCAGAUCAGGGCGGUCAUCUCCACCUACCCCGGGCCGGUGGUCGUGGUCAUGAGAUACCUGUUCGCCUUCCUCAAUCAUGUGUCGCAGUACAGCGACGAGAACAUGAUGCAGCCCUACAACCUGGCGGUGUGCUUCGGGCCCAGCCUGCUGCGCAGCACCGAGAGCGGAGACGCUGUCACCCUGCAGCCGCAGAUCAAUGCGCUUGUGAAGACCCUCAUCGUGCAGCAUGAGAGCGUCUUCCCCGCACAGGCCGAGCUGCCGGGACCCAUGUACGAGAAGUGCAUGGCGCUCGAGCAGGAGUACUGUGAGCCGAUUGUGGAGGAGGGAGACGGGGAACCUGAGCCCCUGCACGGCGAGGAUGAGUGGGAUGCCGUCGCCAUGUUCGAUUACGUCGCCCGCUCAACCUCCGAACUGUCAUUCAAGCAGGGGGACCACCUGAUACUGCACAGCAAGGCCUCAUCUGAUUGGUGGAGGGGUGAAGUGGGUGGGGUCAAGGGCCUCAUCCCGCACAAAUACAUCAGUGUGUCUGAGGGGGUCGAGCGCAAGCUGGAGCGCGGAAGGAGAGAGGAUGGCAAAGGGGGCAGCACGGGAAACCUGGCAGAGGAGCAGCUGAUGGUGGAGCACAGCACCCGCCUCAGGGUGAACAGCGACAGCGCCUCCCUUCCCAACAGGCAGCGUGGUGGGGGUGGGGGGGGCAGCCCCGUGAGGAAGCUGACCCUGCAGCUGCCUGAGGGUCGCAUCAUCAUGCCACCGCCCUCCCCUGGCCAGGCACGACCCCCCAUGGUGUCCCAGGAAAGGAGGAACACUGUGGGGCAAGUGGGGGCAGAGAGGCAGACGCCGAUGGUGGAUAAGGAGGUCAGCCGCCAGAUGAACUCCGUCUUCAAGGAGCUCCUGUCUCGGCAGCUGCCCAACGAGGCCACUGUCACACCAACGUCACUGCCUGCCUCCUCGUCCUCCCGGCCCAUUCCCAAAAAGGGCGGCUUUGGCUUGAGGGGGAGAGGCCUGUUUAAGCCUGCUGACCAGCAGGAUUGAUGCAGCGGAUGGCCAGCAGGAGGCGGGAGUGGAUCUCGGGACUCGGGGUACAGCACAGACACGGGUGGACAACAGCUCUGAAGACACACAUUUUUGCAGAAUUACAGUCUUGAUGCAUCAUUUCCCGUUCAUCGCUCCUUCCCGCGUUCAGUAUGACGCUCUACAGUCCCUGUCACGUGCACGCCAUCGUCUCCGUCACGUGUACGCCAUCGUCUCUCAGUAGUGCUAUGGUGUAUUGUCACAAGAAGCUCACCGUCAAAGGGGUUUUUUCUGAGAUUCCUUGAAGGAGUAGCUCUUCACGCAGCGCUCUGUCAUGUCCUGUAAUUAUGUAUAUAACCGGAGAGAGAAGCAAGGAAAAAAACGGUUCCAAUAUUUCCGAUGAGGGAGCAGGGGGCUUGACUGUUAGUGCACAUCCACGUGUCCAUCCUAGCAGGCGAGCGUUUGAGACGAUCACUUGCACGGACGCAUCACCGGUGCAAAUCCCAGGUCCAUUUCGCGCGGCACAGCUCCAGUAGUGAGUCCCAGCCCAUUUAGCAGUUCAGUCGGUGUACAGAUAGAUCUGCCGGUUGGGAAAUGCAAUCAAAUGCUGUGCAAGCCUAUUUUAAACCAGUUAACAAGGCUAUUUGGUUUGAAACAGUAAUGUUAGCUCAGGGUGCAGACCAAGGUCUUCUCUCCAACACAAGGGAGACCCCUGAUGCCGCAGUGUUAAAGCCUGAUUAUAUGUGAAUUGUUAUUUUUUGUUCCAUUUAAUGGUAAUUUAAUGUUCUUUUUUUUGCUAAGCUUUUGUACCAUUCCCCUAAAAAAACCCACAGCUCUGGCUGGGAACGCUGAGCUGUCAUUCCUGUUCAAAGGAUGUUACUUUGGGUUUUUUUUCCCCCCAGGGUCAUAAAUGAGCUAUAAGUUUGAUGUUUCUGAUUCCAUGAGUAUCAUAUUAUAAAUAUGAAAUUUAUUUUGUUACAAAAAUAAUACCAUCACUCUGAAUCCAGUAAUCUUUUAUUUAACAGAACGGGAGCGUCGCUUGAUAAAAAUAAAAUCCAAUAUAUAUAUAUAUAUUUUUUUUUUUUGCAUAAGUAAUGGUGAAAACUUCCAAUCCUUAAAGCAGGGGUAGGGAACCUGAUCCAUGGAGAGCCGGUGCGGGUUUUUGGGAUGACCUCUCAGUCAGCCAAUAAUAAAGCAGCAAUUCUCAACUGCAGUCCUUGGAAUCCACUGUUAUUGGCUGAUUGAGAGGCCAUCCCAAAAACCCGCACCGGCUCUCCAUGGAUCAGGUUCCCUACCCCUGCCUUAAAGCAAUCAAUGAAAUACAAAGUCCUGAAUGUACAGUGCAGAUAACGAGCAGGAUUUCCCCCUGAAACUGCACAGGACACGUCAAUUGAUUUAAUUGGUAAGCUGUCAUGGUAUCGGUCCUGUAUCCUGCUUUUAUGCGUAGCCUACAAAAAAAAACGAUGUUUGACCCAAAAGUGACGCCAAAGUAAAAUGUGGUCCAGUUUGUCAUAAAACAGUGGAACUAUCCCUUUAAGAAUGAACUUUUUUUUGUCAGUUCGGUGUGGAUGUGCAUCAGUAUACAUACAUGACAUGUGUUGCAUGGCAACAGGAAGACUGACAGUGAUAAAGCCUUGAUCUUUGCCACCCUUCAUAACACACAGAGCUGCUGAAGCCUAGAGCUCACCCCUGAUCUGCAGCUAAUUGUGCUGUGUGAGAUGGCGCCCUCUAGUGGGGGGGAAAGGGGUGAGCGAUUUUACUAUAGGGUCAGGUCGGAGAGGGGGAGAAGAUGAAAAUAACCACCAAACUGUGACGAAAGAAAAAGAAAACGUAGAAAGCAGAGAGGAAAGGGGUAUAGGGGAACGCAGUUUAUCUGAGCCAUAGUACCCAUUUGUACGAACUGCCCAGGUAUUGGUACAAAUCCUUCCUGUUCUGUUCCCACCUCCCCUGUGUGCGUUUUUUUGAUGAUAUCACUGAGAUUCCUGUUGUUCACUAUUAUGGUAAUAAAGAUUAUAGAUUCUAA